UAAACACAGAGGGAGGGCAGUGCGCGCGAGCCGACCACAGCGAAAGUGUUGCGCGCGGGACGGACUGCCCUUAGCCCGCACGCACGCACGCACGCACCACUCCUCCUCCUCCUCCUCCUCCUCCGUUCGAGGGAAGACCCCGAGCCUCCGCCGUGAUGCGCAGCCACUCAUCUCAACCAAUAAUGUGAAGAAAAAAAGAAGGGAAAAAAUCCACCGGAAACGAUUGUCAGAUGUUCAAACUCAUCGUCGCUCCAUUUUACUUGAGUGGCGCCUGUUUUCAACCCCAUCAUCACCCACUUUGCAGCCGGGCUCCAGCACAGAUAUCCACAGGGGUUACCUGGUGUGAGAUGCGGCAAUGUCCCGAGGAUUGUGCCAACGCGUGAACUCUUGCCGGUCCGCAUGGAUUUUGUCAGCGUUCGUGUUCGCGGUGAACGUGAUCGACGUGGACGCGUACAGCUGUCAUGAAGUGAGGACCGCUUUCCAGCUGCGGCAGGUCGGCCCCCCGCAGCGCGUACCGGAGACACCUGGCAGAGAUGUGGAUCUGAUGGUUUGUAAGCACCAGGGUCCGUCGUGCUGCACCCGAAAGAUGGAGGAGAGCUACCAGUUGGCUGUGAAAAGAGAAACCCUGCACAACAUUCAGUCCUACAGCUAUGAGCUUGAGCACCUCAUCUCCGGCCACGCGGAUGCCUUCCAGGACAUGUUCCAGUAUCUUCUAUCCUUCUCUCAGGGCCACCUGAGCUCGCUGUUGGAGGGAACCUACUCGUCCCUGUCCCGCCAAGCCCUGCCCCACGUCAACCAGCUCUUCUCCUCCCUCUCCCUCUAUAUCCGUGGGGCCAACGUCUCCGCAGAGGCGUCAAUCCACCAAUUUUAUAACAGCCUCUUCCCGCUUGUCUACACGCGGCUCAUCAAUCCCGGCCUAGAAGGCGGCGUGAUGAUGGGCAGUGAAACGGACGACUGUCUCCGUAUGAUCAGGCAGGACGUCAACCCCUUCGGGCCUCAUCCGGGCGUCAUGGCCAAGGAGCUGGCUGGGGCAUUGGGAGUCGGCAGAAGACUGGGCCUGGCCCUGGAAGAGGGUCUGGAAGUGAUGAACGCCACCGAACACGUCAGCAUGAGCAAAGAGUGCGUGAAGGGCCUGGUGAAAAUGGUGUACUGCUCGCACUGCAGGGGCUUGACGCUCAUCAAGCCCUGCGUGGGCUACUGUCUGAAUGUAAUGCGAGGCUGCUUGGCCAGCAUGUCCGAGCUGGAUCAGCCCUGGAGGAGAUACACCACUCUGUUGGAGCAGCUGACCCACGCCAUGGCUGGGCACCACAGCCUGGAACUAGCCCUGCUAGGGGUCAGGGGGUACGUUAAUGAGGCCCUGCUCUACGCACAGCUCCACGGUCCACUCAUUACUGCCACAGUGGACAAGGUGUGUGGCCUGUCUACUGAGGAACCUACAAACAUGCCGCCUACGAGCCCAGAGGUCACAACCUCGACCUCCACGGUGGCCCCAUCCCCUCCUCCUCCAUCUGCCGCCCCGUCCCAGCGUCUACCAGAGCAGUGGCAUGGGCAAUUGGCCCACUUGAGGAGCUCCUUCCCCCUGAAACCCUCCAAGAACAAUAAACAUAGUCUGAGAACCCUCUCUAGGGAAUUCUUGAUGUACCUGCAGCGCUACAAGUCGUUCUUUGCAGCCUUGCCAGAGAUGCUGUGCGAGGGGGAGAAUGUAGUGGAUGACUCCACGUGCUGGAGUGGGGAUGAAGUGGUGGAGAGCUACGCCGGCAGAGUUGUAGGAAAUGGCCUACACGCCCAAAGGCAAAACCCAGAGGUCAAAGUUCGAGGCCCAAACCCUACACUGGCUGAAGUCAAGGAGAGGCUGGAGCUCUUCAACGAGGAGACCCAGGACAUGUUUCCCCAACUGGGCCAGAUGGAGGCCUGGGAUGAGCUCGGCAGUGGGGAAGCAGAGGAGGGCAGCACCACAGACUGUGAUGACGAAGAUGGAUGUCAAGCCUCAGGAGACGGUCAAGACCAGACCUCACAUACAGAAACCUCAAGUGAAGGAAAGUCCAUCGGGAGACAACCCGGACGGGACAGGCCACAUGAGAACCCUUCCAAGCCCCCCUCAGUGAAGGUGAUAGGGGGCUCGCAGUCUGACAGCUGGGCACGGCCCUGGAGCCUCGCACUGCUCUUUGCUGCACUUUGCCUGCAGUGGACCCUGUACUGAUGCCGGCGCCCUCUGUGAACCCCCCCCCCCCCCCCCCCAAAUGCCCCCUUUUAAGAAACCCCACACAUGCACAGAGACACUCGUAUCAUUUACAUAUCAUGCAUAGCCUCCUUACCCCGGUCCUACUUGGCUGCUUAGACGGAUGCUGAUGCUGGACAUAUUGGAAUUGCAAUCAAGACAAGGGGUGGAAGAGAAGAGGACGACCUUGUAAGACUGUGCAGGGGGGCUCGGGGGCUCUUGCACGGAAGCUUUUGUCCUGCAGCAUCACCAAUGUGUUUUUUUUUUCUACAAGCCAAUCUUAUGCACGCUCAUCUACAAAGAUUAGACUGCUUCUUCUAGGCUGUUUGGGUACGAGAGACACCGGUACAGCCCCAUCGCUCACACACAAACAAAGCCUUUGGGGCUUAGAACGGGGACCUCAUCAUUCAGACUUUUUACUUAAAAGCGCUUCAUUUCAGAUAUAAAGCCAUCUACUCCUUUGGAAAAAAAAUGUUAGUAAACCUCAUCACAGCCACUGCACCAGUUAUGCAGAAGAAUUCAGCUCAUUUGGGAACUGUUCUAAUUUUCUUUGAUUGAAGAAUGCACGAUAGAUUGAUAGUUCGAUCCCAAGUGCGUGGCCCAGAACAGUAAAUUUGAUACACUCUGACGACUGUGUACGUCGGCGGGGAUUAGAAUGUGAUGAGUUCCCAGGUGGAGACAAACUAAGUGUGUAAAGUAUGUGACUGUAUAUAAGUGGAAAGAUUUGAUGGAGUGUAUGAGGUUCUAAUUCAACAAAAAGCUCUUAAAUGAUCGAGCUGUAUGGCGUUAUCUUUUCUUUUUCCAUUGCUGUUAAAGGAUUGUGCUUGUCUGCUCCAUAGUAUAUAUAGAAACAUUUGAAAUAACGGCAAAAAGAAAGAUUUCAUUUCUGUAAGAAUUAAAGCAGGAAUGCAGAUUAUUUUUCAGUUUAAGCCAUUGACAUAAAUGGAUACAUUUUGGAUGUUUGAACACAGCCUGUACAUUGUUGAUUUUACAAAUGUUUAUUGUGCAUCAAAUUGUGUGUGUUUGCUCGUUGAAUUGCACAUUAAUGCAUGUACAGUUUAACCUACCAAAUUGUCCGUAUUAUUAUGGUAGGAACAGGCUCGUCGCCUCGCUGAAUGCUUUCUCGCUCAAAUGAUUGUUUGAUACUUAAAAUAAUAAUGAGAAAAGUUGCAGGCUGCAGAUGCAUUACAGGCAGUUCAACACACACAAAGACAUGUCGAAAGUAUUUCACAAAGUUGGGUGCAUCCAUUGUCCAGUAUAGUGAGAGCCCUUUUGCAAGUCCCUUUUCAUGAAUUCCUCCUACACUUUGCCAAAUAAGCUCUUAUGUCUCUUCAAUCACUCUUAAGCAGUCCAUUCCUUUGAAUAUUCAUCAGAAUAUAAGCAAAGUCCUUCUUUGUUUCAAAUGAUUCCUCACGAGGAUGGAGCAAAAGGGAAGUUUCGACAAAUCACUUUGCAGACUGCUUCAGUUCUCGGUGUAGCUGUGGUCUCUCUUGUGGAGAUGAGGAUGGUUUAUGUGAUGGUGAAUGAGCGUGAAUGAGGGUUGAAUGUUUGGUCAAUGCUUUACAGACAUGGCUAAACCUGAUGAUGUAAGACACAGAUACAAUAAAAUGGCUAAAUUUGUCUUUACACUUACAUGGGUCUAUUUGCAGUGAAAUACCUCUUAAUAAGCCCUUGAACAGCUUCCUCUCCCUGCUGAAAAACAACUCACCUUUGGCUCCGCCUAAAAGUACGAUGACCUGCUUAACUACUACCUUAUACGUACAAUUAUACACUAAAGUAUUGCAGUUAAUGGAGAAUGUAGAUUCUAGUUGUUUACUGUGUCACAUCUUGGGUUCUGUAACCACAUUUCUUCAGCUCCUAUGAUUUCCUCCAUGUAAGUUCUGUCCAUGACUGUCAUUCAUUGCGCCCACCGAUCUCAUCCAGUCCUUUACCCUUGCAUGUGUAUAAAUGUACAUAUUUUAAGUCA